GUUGAUCGGGGGCCAGCUCUCGAUUGUUUGUUGUUGUACAUGUCGUAUUGUAUUGUAUAGGUGGCCUGGUGAUUAUGCAGAAGGAGAAUUCGAAUCCUUCGCCGGAGGCGCACCAGUACGUGGGGCCCUACAGGCUCGAGAAGACUUUGGGGAAGGGACAGACCGGUCUGGUGAAGUUGGGAGUGAAUUGCGUGACCGGCAAAAAAGUAGCAAUCAAAAUUAUCAAUAGAGAAAAAUUAAGCGAUAGCGUUUUAAUGAAGGUCGAAAGGGAAAUUGCAAUAAUGAAAUUAAUCGAUCAUCCGCACGUGCUCGGCCUGACGGACGUUUACGAAAACAAAAAGUACCUCCAUCGAGACCUGAAGCCCGAGAACCUGCUGCUCGACGAGAAGAACAACAUCAAAAUAGCCGAUUUCGGAAUGGCCUCUUUACAGCCGAUGGGCUCCAUGUUGGAGACGAGCUGCGGCUCGCCGCAUUACGCGUGCCCCGAAGUCAUACGGGGUGAAAAAUACGACGGCAGGAAGGCGGACGUGUGGUCCUGCGGCGUCAUCCUCUACGCCCUGCUGGUGGGGGCGUUGCCCUUCGACGACGACAACCUCCGGCAACUUCUGGAAAAGGUCAAACGCGGCGUGUUCCACAUACCGCACUUCGUGCCCCCCAAUUGCCAGAGCCUACUCAGAGGCAUGAUCGAAGUCAAUCCCGACAAAAGACUAACGCUCACCGAGAUCAACAAACACCCGUGGGUCACCGCAGGAGGCAAGGGCGAGCUCGAGCUCGAGCUACCCAUGAUGGAGGUCGUCCAAACCCACGUCCUCCCUUCCACGGACUCCCUAGAUCCCGACGUGCUGCAGGCCAUCUGCAGCUUAGGCUGCUUCAAGGAAAAGGACAAACUGGUCCAACGCCUGCUCAGUCCCAGCCACAACACCGAAAAAGUCAUCUAUUUCCUGCUGUUGGAGCGCAAGCGCAGGCGGCCCGCCUGCGAGGACGAGCUGGAAUCGAUGUCGAGGAUCAGAAAUCCCGAGGUUCAGGUGGCCGAUCCGCCGCGGAAGAGGAUCGACACGUGCAGGGUGAACGGCCAGAGCGCUUCGCUGUUCGGCCAGAUCAGCGAGGGAUCGCCGUUGACGCCGAGAAGGUCGCAUUACAAAAGACAUCACGCCAGGAGGAGCCCUUCCACGGGAAGUACGCAUAGCAGUUUGAGCAUCCAUUCGCCCACCAGGUCUUCUGGUGCUUCUAGUCCAAUUUUGUUCAAUAGCGUCGUCACCCCCACUAAUACCCAUUCAGGUACCUCGUCUCCGGUGAACCAACGCUCGUCCAGCCACCACCACGCCCACCGCGCCCCCUCUCACGCCGCCUCCAACGCCCACGUGACCGUCACGCCGCCGGCCCCGCCUCCGCCCGCCUCCAACGCCGCCCCCACCCCGGCGACGCCCACCCACCAUCGCGCCAACAGCAGCGGCGCCUCCGUUCUCUCCUCGCUCAUGACGUCGCCCGAACGCGACGCCGCCGUCCUGACGCCGCCGGGCUCGCCGAUGGCCGGCGCCGGCGCCGCCGCCGCCGGUCACCAUUGGCGCUCGAGGCUCACCACCAUCAAGAACAGCUUCUUGGGUUCGCCGAGGUUCCACAGGCGCAACAAGUUGCAGGCGUCGUCGGAGGAGGUGCACCUGACGCCCGAAUCGUCGCCCGAAUUGACCAAGAAGAGCUGGUUCGGUAGCCUGAUGGCGACCGAGAAGGACGAAACGUUCACCAUAUUGGUGAAGGGGAAGCCGCUGGCGACGGUCAAGGCCGAUUUGAUACACGCGUUUCUAUCGAUAGCGGAGCUGAGUCAUUCGGUGUCGAGUCCAAUGUCCUUCCGGGUGGAGUACAAGAGAGGCAUGACGGGGCCGGCGAUGUUUCAACGCCACGUCAGAUUCCAAGUGGACAUUUCGCCGAUCAUCAAGCAAUCCAGGGACAAUACCAAGGAGCACAUAUUCGCCAUCACGUUUACCCUGCUUUCAGGCAACAUAAGGAGGUUCCGGAGGGUGUGCGAACACAUCCAGGCCCAAGUGUGCACCAGGAGGCCGCCGCCGAGCCCGCGCGCCCAACGGAAAUUCACCACGGAAUUGAGCGAGAGCUCCAGCUGCGGUUCCGAUUCCAGCGAAUUGUUCCUCAACACUCGACAGUUGAACGUGAUGCAAUUGGAGACGAGCGACCUGGAGAGCGAGUGCAGCGUGUUCGACGUGCGCAGCACCGGCGCCGCCAUGAGGGAGGCGUCGCGACGCGCCUCGACGAACAACAACACGGAGACGGGCGCCGGCACGCCGGACGGCGUCGGCGUCGGGACGCCGAACGCGCCGAAGGCGGCCGUUCGAUCGAGCUCGGAGAACGCCGAAACGUGCGAGAAAAAGUGCAUCACGACGAUGUCGGGCAGCUCGAUUGCGUAA